UUUUGAUAUACAUUUUCUUCUGUUGAGUCUCAUCGAUAACAAGCAAAUGGUAGGACCAAUUCGUCCACAAUUCGUGCUUUUUGGGUCAUCCAUAGUACAGUUCAGCUAUAGUCAUCAAGGAUGGGGUGCAACACUCUCUGACCUUUAUGCUUGCAGGGCAGAUAUAUUGCUGCGUGGAUAUGCAGGUUGGAAUUCAAGGUGCGCUCUUCAAGUCUUGGAUGAAGUUUUCCCCAAGGAUGCAGCUGUACAGCCUUCUCUGGUCAUAGUUUAUUUUGGAGGGAAUGAUUCAUUUGAGCCUCACCCAAGUGGCCUUACUGCCCAUGUUCCUCUUCCUGAAUAUGUAGAAAACAUGAGGAAGAUUGCAAUUCAUCUGAAGAGCCUCUCUCAGAAGACUCGGAUAAUCUUUCUCACUGCUCCUGCUGUGAAUGAGGCACAAAUCAUUGAAGUAUUUGGUAAUAGUCUUGGUCGAUCAAAUGAAUCCUGUCGGAAAUAUUCAGAAGCUUGUGUACAGUUGUGCCAAGAGUUAGGUGUGAAGGUUAUAGAUCUUUGGAAAGCACUUCAGCAGAGGGAUGAUUGGUUGACUGCUUGCUUUACAAGGGAUGGAAUACAUUUAUCAUGUGAAGGCAGCGAAAUUGUGAUUAAGGAAAUCUUGAAAGUUGUCAAAGAGGCAGACUGGGAACCUAACCUUCAUUGGAGAUCAUUGCCUACUGAAUUCCCCGAUAUCUCUCCUUAUAUCUUUGUUGAUCCCAAGGGUGAGACGGCUAUAAAAGUUUCACAAAUGGAUUUUGAAUGGCAGACUCGAUGGCACUAGUUCAACUCUGAUUUUUCAUUUGAACUUGUCUUCAUGAAUCAGUGUGUGUUUUCCUACCAUCUCUAAGUAUGUGAAUUUUUCUUCCAAGAAAAUGCAAGUCUUCCCUAUGAAAUGGUCCUUGCUUUAUCACUGAACACAUUAUACUUUUUUUGAAAUUAUAGGUUCAUAAUCUAUUAUUUUAAAAAAUA